GUCAGCGUAACAUUGGUGGGAAAUUUUGAACAGCUGAUCUGGUUCCGCUUCACUUCUUGGCCACGCCCAUCAGUCACGAACGCUUAGACAUAUUGAGGUUAUUCAUGUUGCGAGUUUAACUUUGAAUGCGGGUAUUCCCGGAUGUCUUAAGAUUGUAUAGUAUGGGCACUCACUCCGCCCAGCAGGUUUGUAGGCUUUAGUUUCCUGAACGAAUUACCAUAGAUUUAGACGACAUUUAUGUAGGAAAACAUCUUUUCUGUGAAUAGCCCUCAGAAUGAAGCUCGUCAUUUUAACAAUUUGUUUCAAAUUUGGUCACACUUUGUUUGCAUAUGGAACUGAAGCGAGAGAUACCGAUGCGAACGAUAUAGCUCAUAUCAACUUUACCUCAGACUUCCCAUUUUAUGGUGGAAAAUACACGUCCGUUGCUAUACAAAAGGAUGGCUUCGUUGUGUUCAACAAUCCGCUAGUUAAAUCAGCAGACGAUCUCAGUGAUGUAAAUAAUGUGACCAUUGCAUCCAUAUGCCCAUGGGUUUCACCUGUAACAAAGGUUACUAUGUACUACAGACUUACAGAGGCGGAAGACGAAGUCUGUACGUAUAUAGCGGGAGUCUCACGUGACCAUCUCUUUCUAGAUGUGGACACGCCUUUCAAUCCACGUUACGCUCUGGUAGUUACAUGGAUUGCUUACGGAUCAGGACUAUCAGGCGACGGAAGUACCAAAAAAAACGUGUUUCAGUUGGUCAUUGCUACAGACACUGUCCAGAGUUUAGCGGUGAUGUGGUAUGAACAGAUGGAGUGGAUUAGUAUAAAGGACGUCAUAGUGGGCACAGAAGACGUUCAGAAACUCCCAGAAGACGUACAUAUUAGCACAGUAGCUGGAUUCUUUAAAGGCGAUGGUCAAACACAUGAACUUCUGCCAAUAUCAAUGUCCAAGAAUGUGUUUAGUAUUAUGAAUGAUACCAAUGUCGACGUGCCAGGACAAUAUAUCUUUAGAAUUGACGGUGCACCGAUGAAUAUAACGUGGUCAGAACGGCCUAUUUCAGGGGACGGAAAGCUCACAUUACAGACGUCUACUAGCGAAAUGGUGAACACAGAGAAUAUUAUAAAGCCCACCAGGCUAGCAAUGACUACCAUACUAGGAACAACCGCAACAAUACCAGCUACUACCACGAUACCCAUGACAUCAACGAUACCAUCAACUACCACGAUGCCAGCUACUAAUACGAUACCAGCGACUACCACCAAAUCAACGACAGCCUCAACACCAGUGACUAGUACAUUACCUACGACUUCCACUUCUGCAAAGACAACCACCACAACAACAAAGUUGACAACGGCCACAACCCUACCAACGAUUCCCACAACAUCAAAGCCAGCCACAAUACCGGCGACCACCACAUUAGCGACAACGACAAAAUUACCGCCAAUAACCACAUUGCUAACAGCUACCACACCUCCACCAAUAACCAGAGCAGCGAAUACUAAUACAACAUUAACUACACAGGUAAUCCUUGCUACCACAAAAAUGACAACCACAAAACCAAUGCCUGUAACCACGACAACUAAAGCUGCAACAGCAACUACUAACAGAGCUGGAACAAAUGUAACUACUGCGCCUGUGUCUCCUACAAUGUCCCAAGAUUUUGAUGCAUCCCCAAACAAUUAUUCAGGCUGUAAAUCUCGCGAUAUGUACAAAGAAGGUUUGGGCCACGGCUUCGCUGCUGGAUUUGGCGCUGCACUGUUAACAUCAGUUGUUGCCCUUGUUUUAAUCGUAUGCUGUAAGCGUCAUUUAAACUUCAAGAAGAAACAUGCGCAGUCCAACAACUUGUCCACGUACCACAGUCCAGAUCAAUCCUGUGACAACGAGGAACAUGUCUACAGUCCAGCUACUUCCCCCGUUUUUACCCUAGUCAACAGCCCAGUCAUUGGGACAGUCAAAAACUCAGUCGUAUGCCCGGAGUCGAAGAUCUACAUCAAUAUAUCUGAGAUUAAAAACGCGGAAAUUAUUUAUCAAAACCAUCAAUAGGCUGAAUGGUCAAUAUUUGCAUUCGUAUCUUAUAGAUUAUAUAUAUUUAUAUUUAUAGCUUUUUUUUAUAGCGCUACUUUCUUGCUUAUAGCAUGCUCAGAGCGCUUUGGUCCAAUCUCAUUUGUGGACCAGUUGGGGGGGGGGGUAUCUAGGAGUUGGUUUUCCGUGCUGCCUUUAGGCGCUCAGUAAACACAACUCUGCCCGAGUCGGGUGUCGAACCUCGAGCCCCUUUCUAGGUAGCCAAGCCAAGCCAAGUUCCUACAAAAGAUAUGAUAAUUAUGUCCUAAGCAAGUCAGUUUGUUAAUCUAGUAUAGCAUGUUAAUAAAAGAUUUAAAAUCAUCUUAGUGGUUUAUCUGGCUGAUCUAGGCUAGCCAUUGUUUGAAGUAAUGCCACCAGGGGAAGAGCAUAUGUACGAAUUUAUCCAGACAAAAGAAAUAUGAAUUUAUCUUUG